ACUUCAAAGUCCAUCCCCUUGCUUCAUCACCUCCCUGUGUAAACCAAUUUCCCCGAUCCAUCGCCGGCCAAACCAUGGCGGAGCCCGAUGAUGCCGACUUCGACUCCGCAGCAGCAGAACUCACCAGCAACAUGUUCAUGGUGGCCGCGAUCGUUUUCCUCUUCCUCGUCCUCGUCUUCGUCUUCUUCCUCUACCUCUACGCCAAGCGCCACCUGCGCCGCGCCCGCAUCCUCGUCUUCUCCUCCGCCUCCGAUCUCGGCGCCUCCUCUUCCCUUUUCCGCGGCCUCGACGCCUCCGUCCUCCGAUCUCUCCCCGUCGCUGUCUACCGCGCGGCGGAGUCCGGAAACGGGAUCGAGUGCGCCGUGUGCCUCUCCGAGCUCGCCGACGGCGAGGCCGUCAGGAUCCUCUCCAAGUGCGGCCACGGUUUCCACCUCGAGUGCAUCGACAUGUGGUUCCACUCCCACUCCACUUGCCCCCUCUGCCGGAGUCCGGUCGGCGCCGAACCAAUCCCAGUCCCGAACUCUAAUUCCCUCGCCGGAUCCGAAACCCUAAAUCCCGACUCGCCAGUCUUACAAUCGAAUCAACGGCAGACGAGCGAAGCGCCUUCCAGCUCUUCCGCCAGAUUGAAGAAGCCAAAAGGGGAUCUUGCGAUUGAGAUUCCGAGGAGGGAGCCGGAGGGGUUUUCGUCACCAGUUUCGCCGCUGCCGACGAGCAGGAACGCCGACGAGGAGACGAGGACGCCGGGUUCCGGGAGGCUUCGGGCGGUGAGGCGGCGGCUGAGUAUGGGGAAGCGGACUCCUACUCCUGGCUCCGGCUCCGCGUGUAGUCCCAUGGGAGGCGACCUCGAGCAAGGGUUUGGGGGGUUUUAUGGAGAGGGAAGCGCUCCGCCGGCAACGCCUCCGGCGAACUCGAGACUCGAAAUCACUAAAUCCCAUAAACUACCCGAAGCAAGCGUUUGAAUGAAAAGUUAGUAUAAAAGUGAGAAUAUAAAUUAUAGAGAUUGCAAAUCUCCAUUUUUUUUUCUUUAGAAAAAGGAAAUAAAGUUUUCGCUUGUUUGAUAGGAAAUUCAUUGAUUCAGCUUUACCAUCUUGAAUGAUCAAUCAUUUCAGCUUAUUACAAUAAAACUAUUCUCCUAUCCAUCUCUAGGACUAGAAGAACACAAAUGAUCAAAAGGCUGAGCUACCCAACACUAAGACACUACUAAUCUAAAGCUUUAACUAACUCUUCUACUCUACUCUGCAGGCUUCAUCGUCGUCGUUGUAUGUUUUCUCAAGGAUUCCUCGACCUAACACAAAGUCACACACCUCUACUUACAAACAUGUAUUGCAAAAACAAGCAAACUUUUUUUACCAUGUAGAAUUGAUGGAUGAUGUUGUGGCUUACUUGUUCUGUGUAGGGUUCGAUCUUGAAGGAGGUAUCCUCCUUUUGCUCACCAUUCCUUGCUUCGCAGGCAUGAUGACACUCCUAUUAUUACUACUACUAGUACUACCACUGCCAGUGUCAAUCUUUAGUGAUGACUUCCCUUGCUCCGAACUGGAAAUUUUUUUGCUCUGAGACAACGAAAUGGUGGCGACAACAGUAGCUUCCUUGCUCGAAGCCCGACGACCAUUUCGAUAGAGCUCAGGAGGAGAAGGACUAGCAGGAGCUUGGGGAGAGGAGGAACUGCUGCAUGCAAGCAAGAUCUGCUUGUGCUCUUCAUAGUGUUCUUGGAUCAACUACUACUUUGUGAUGGGGUUUUGGGGAGAAUUUAAAGGCAUUUUGGAGGCCAUGUGAUGGAGGUUUGACUACUGAUCGCAUCCAAAAAGUUUUCA